AUGGCCAAGACCGUGCCCAUCGAGUCCGACGGCGAGCUGCGGCGGCGCGAGCGCGUCAUGGGCGAGCUGAAGCGGCUCUUCCAGGCCUGGGUGCGGAGCGUCUGCAAGGCCAAGGGCCUGAGCGACGAGCUCGCGUCGGAGGCCGGCGGCAAGCUCUACACGUCCGGGAGCUACCGGCUCCGCGUGCACGAGCCCGGCGCGGACAUCGACAGCAUCUGCGUCGCGCCGAACCACUGCACGCGCGAGGACUUCUUCGACACGCUCAAGGCCAUGCUCCUGGAGCACCCCCAGGUCGAGAACUUGCGGAGCGUCGAGACGGCCGUCGUGCCGAUCAUGACCUUCGACCUCGACGGCGUGAACAUCGACCUGCUCUUCGCGCACCUGCCGCUGAACGCGAUCCCGGCGUCGCUCGACAUCGACGAGGACGCCGUGCUCCAGGGCGUCGACGAGGCCACGGAGAAGAGCCUCAACGGCCCGCGCGUGACGAACCUCAUCUACAAGCUCGUGUCGCACAACUACGAGUCCUUCCUCCAGGUCCUGCGCGUCGCGCGCGUCUGGGCGAAGCGCCGCGGCAUCUACAGCAACAAGCUGGGCUACUUCGGGGGCAUCAACUUCAACAUCUUGGUGGCGCUCAUCUGCCAGCUCUUCCCCAAGGCGACGCCGUCCUAUUUGCUCUGCAAAUUCUUCGCGAUCUUCGCGAAGUGGGACUGGCCCGCGCCGGCGAUCCUCUGCCGCCCGUUGGACCACGGCUACGGCUUCGAGGUCUGGGGCCAGAACGCGGAGCAGCUCCGGGGCCGCAUGGCCUACCACAACCUGCGGAACAACCUCAUGCCCAUCGUCACGCCCGCGUACCCGGCGAUGAACUCCGCCGCGAACGUGAACCCCUGGUCCUUCGCGGUGCUGCGGGACGAGUUCGCGCGGGGCGCCGAGGUCUGCAAGCGCAUCGUCGCCAGGCACGCGGAGCUCGCGGAGAACGGCGCCGUCGACCCGGACGUCGGCGGCCCGCUGUGGGACGAGCUCGUCGAGAAGACGGACUUCUUCGACAAGUACGACGCGUACCUCGCCGUCAACGUCCUGGGCGACGGCGAGAAGGAGGACUUCGACAACUUCAAGGGCUUCCUGAGCUCGCGGCUGCGGAAAUUGGUGGAGAAGAUGGGCCAUUUGCCGUUGAAGAUGAUCCACCUCUUCCCGAAGGAGUACCCGGAG